AUGAAUCAAAAGCAACAUCUGAAAAGGCAUUUUGAUACCUGCCACGCUGAUGUUAAUCAUUCGCAUCCUUUAGGAAGUGCACUGCGUGCAGAAAAGUUACAACCACUGAAAGCUGAAUAUUCUCAACGCUCGUCGUUUGAUAUUUCCUUCCAAAUUGCGAAAGCUAUGAAACCCUUCACAGACGGUGAUUUCAUAAAAAAUGUCAUUAUUCAAGCAGCUACUAGGUGGUUUCCAGAUGAGGAUAACCGAAAAGAUUUUGUGAACAUUGUGCAAAACACGCAUCUUUCUCUUGCCACAGUCACGAGAAGAUCAGACGAAUCGACAGAUAAGUCUGAUACUGCUCAGUCAGUUGCGAUGAUUCGCUUCGUACUUGAAAAUGGCAGUUUUCAGGAAGAGCUGCUAGAGCUGAUUCCAUUAACGGGGAAAACAACUGGAUUGGAUGUUUAUCUUUCGCUAAAAAAUUCAAUCCUAGCACACGAAGUGCCAUUGGCCAAACUGGUCGCGAUAACAACAGACGGUGCUCCGUCAAUGACAAGAAAAAUGACAGGAUUCAGUGGAUAA